AGGAGAGAGACAGCGGAAAAGGAGAAAGGAGGAGGUUAUAUAGAGAGAGAGACGGAAGGAAAAAGGAGUGAUAGAUAUAGAGGCAGGAAGUGAAGUGAGAAGAGGUAAGGGGGAGACAGCAAGAAAAGGAGAAACAGAGAGAGGGAGGAGAAAAGAGAGAGAGAAAGAAAGAGGAUGGAGACAAAUGGGAACAAGUGAGAGAGAGACGGGGGCGAGAAAAAGGAGGGAGAGAGAGAGAGAAAGGGAAAUGAGACACGGGGUGGGGGAUUGAAAUUUAAAUUGAAGAGCAGAAAGAGGCACGUACCUAAAAAGUAGGGAAGAGCCAUACGGAGCCACUACGGGGGUUCAGUGAGGAGCCCUGACUGAAGCAGGAUGCCCCAUGAGAGGGGGAAGGGACAGACUUGUUCCCCAAGUGGGGUAGUGUCAAGGGGUAGCCAGCCUGGUUUGAGGGGAGCUGGGCCUGGGUCACUGCCCAUCCACCGGCACAAGGAGAGCCUGGUUCAAGCAGUCAGAGACCAUCCCUUUUUGAUAGUGACCGGAGAAACUGGCAGCGGAAAAACCACACAGUUACCACAGUACCUGUACCAGGCAGGACUCGGACGACACGGCAUCAUUGGGGUCACACAGCCACGUCGAGUGGCAGCCAUGUCUGUGGCCCUCAGAGUAGCAGAGGAGAUGGACUGCUCCCUGGGCAGCAGAGUGGGUUACCAGGUCCGCUUUGACGACUGCACCUCUGAGGAGACUGAGAUAAAGUACAUGACCGAUGGCUGUUUGCUUCGGGAGAUUCUUCAGGACCCUUGCCUCAGCCGAUACAGCGUCAUCAUCCUGGACGAGGCCCACGAGAGGAGUCUCAGCACAGAUAUCCUCUUUGGUUUGCUCAGGUCCCUGCCAGCAUGGGUGCCAGUGUCACGAGAGCGCAGGGUGCCCCUGAAGGUCGUCGUGAUGUCAGCAACGCUGGAGGUGGAGAAGCUCUCGAAGUUUCUGGGUGGUUGUCCCGUUUGUCAUGUGUCCGGCAGGUCUUACCCCGUCGAGGAAGUAUUCUGCAACCUGAUUGGACCGAAGGACAAAGAAGGCUCGGGGUUGGUGAAAGAGGUUGCAAACAUUGCUGUGGACAUUCACGUGAAUGAACCAGAAGGAGACAUUCUUGUGUUUUUAACAGGGCAGUCUGAGAUUGAGCGAGCAUGUGACUUGCUCUUCCAGAAGGGAGAAUCAAUCAAUUACCGGUACGAUGUGAGAGAUAGAUCGAUCGAAGGGCUGCUCAUACUGCCACUAUAUGGGUCUAUGUCAACAGAUCAGCAGAGAAAGGUUUUUCUUCCUGCUCCACCUCACAUCCGGAAAUGCGUUGUUGCUACGAAUAUUGCAGCCACCUCCCUGACUAUUGAUGGAAUAAGAUAUGUUGUAGACUGUGGUUUUGUGAAGCAGCUGAAUCAUAAUCCACGUGUUGGACUUGACAUACUGGAGGUGGUUCCAAUAUCAAAGAGUGAAGCUGUGCAACGAGCAGGAAGAGCUGGGAGGACAUCAGCUGGAAAAUGUUACAGGAUCUACAGCAAACAGUUCUGGGAGAUGUGUAUGCCUGAUCACAUGGUCCCGGAGAUCCAAAGAACAAGUUUAUCAUUUGUGAUCCUUACCCUGAAGUGUCUUGGUGUGAACAAUGUUAUAGGGUUUCCUUACCUUGACAGCCCAGAGGAGAGGCACAUCCUGGAGGCACUGAAGAACCUCUACCAGAAUGACGCUAUUGACAGGACAGGCUGUGUGACCAAACUGGGGAGGCUGAUGGUGGAGUUUCCUCUCCGGCCAUCUCUGACCCGGGCACUGAUUAAAGCGGCAGCCAUAGGCUGCGAAUAUCUUCUGCUUCCGGUGGCUGCAAUGCUUUCAGUGGAAAGCGUUUUCAUUCGACCAGGGAAGCCGGAGAAACAGAAGGAAGCCGAGCUGAGGCACCGGGAACUGGCGCUGGAGGCUGGAGGCAGCAAUGACUUUGUCACCUUACUCAACGUAUUCGAGAAGUGCAGAGCGAGUGACUCGCCGGCUUCCUGGUGCCGUGAACAUUGGAUCCACUGGCGAGCGAUGAAGACUGCAUUUAACGUAGAGACACAGCUACGAGAAAUACUCGAUAAACUGAAACAGAAGAAGGACUUCCCCUCAGAGACCUUCAAUGGCUCCAGGUCUGAGCUGCUGAGAAGGUGCUUGUGUGCUGGGUAUUUCUGCAACGUGGCCAGAAGGUCUGUGGGUAAAACCUUUCACACCAUGGAUGGACACGGAUCAGCUGUCCACAUUCAUCCGUCUUCCAUCCUGUUUGAUCAAGAAAGCCAGCUCGAUUGGGUCAUCUUUCAUGACGUUAUAGUCACGUCAAAGAUUUAUGUGCGAACACUAUGCCCAGUCCGUUAUGAGUGGGUGAAGGAUCUGCUGCCCAAGUUACAUGAGGUUGACGUGUACCAGCUGAGCAGCAUCGCAAAGGAUGAGGUGGCAGGGAGCACGACCCAGCAAAGAGAGGCAUUAAACAAGACCAAAAAACAAUCAGAGCAAACUCUAGAAGUAGUCCAAAAGAAACUGGAAAAGAGAAAUGAUGAGAAAUCUAUAUCUGAAGCUCGGGCCAGGUACCUACAGCGCAAAUUAGACAAGUCGCAGAGUUGGAUGGACCAGUGAAUGUUCAGAGGAGCCGGUGGAAGAUUAAGACCAUCUCAUGUAGAUUCCAGUGCCUCACUGUGGCUGAAUGAUGUGGAUGCUCACAACCAUUCCUCGGCUCCACAGGAGGAAGGCUCCAAAUCAUCUUUGGAAAAUUUCAUGAAUACUAGUUCAGUACCUGUGUCAGUGCAUCUGUGGAGUUGAGGCCAAAUGUACCACUCAUAUAGUAGGGGCAGAGAUUGGACAAAUUAUUCUAAAGGUAUAUAUUCUUACUUUUAAAAUGUACUUCCAUUAUGAAUUCCACAUUUAUAGUAGAAAGGAUCAAUGUUAAUGUGCCAUGCACCUGUGCACUUUCUGUCCUGAAGAACAAGAACCAUCAAACAGUUCACAAUCUCUAAUGUUGCUAUCUGAGAGUUACGAUAUUGCCUGGACCUUAAAUUUCUGCCAGACAGAUUUUAGCAACUGCAUGUUCAAUGUGUAACUAACCAGUUUUAAACCCAGGUUGGAGUCUACUGGUCACAGGAGGUUCGUGUUAAUUUGUUAUCCAUACAGUAAUAUUUGCAUCAUAAAGCUUGUUUAUAUUGUCCUUUUAAUAUAAAACUCCCUCCAUGGCACUUCAGAGUGGGAGAAAAAAAAAUGAAGUUAGUAAAUGACAGUCAUUGCAAGACAGUGCUUUUAUGAAUGGAUGCUGUGAUAAAUUAAUCUGUAUUUUCUAAAAUCUCAUUGGUUAUUUUUGUACAAUGUGAAAUUAAACAAAAGGUUUUGAAAAAUA